CUUUUGUCUUCUCCUGAAGGGAAAAAAAAAUAUUUACUGUUUUUUUUUUUUCUCUUUUAAAACAAAACCCAGAAAAGAACACCCAAAGUUAAUGAUUUGGAACCCAACAAAACCAUUGUUAAUCACAUGGGUUCUGUCUUAAAACCCUCAAGGCCCCGAGAAAAAACCCAAACUAUCUAAAGAAAACCAUUUCUUUUACAGAAUUUCCGAAUGAUUUGAACACAAAAACUUCGAAAAAGUCGUGAGAAGAUUCUCUCUGCCAGUCAAUUAUGAAACCCAUCCGCCGAUUCUUCAUCUUCUUUGUCAUCUUCCCGCUCUUCCCCUUCUCUGCAACCUCUGCAGAUUACACCAAUUUGAUCUUCAAAGGCUGCACCAGCCAGAAACUCCCCGACCCAUCUGGGGUUUUCUCUCAGAACCUCGAGAAUCUCUUCUCCUCCUUGGUCGCACAGUCCUCUCAGAGAUCCUUCGCCACCACCACGACCACCGGAAAUGACCAAAACGCCCUCGUGGGCCUCUUCCAGUGCCGCGGAGAUCUCACCGCGUCGCAGUGCUACGACUGCGUCAGCAGAGUCCCGAAGCUCGUAUCUAAACUCUGCGGCGCAGACAAUGCGGCGGCGCGCGUCCAGCUCGCCGGAUGUUACCUCCGGUACGAGGUCUCGGGUUUCCGACAGACCGACCCAACUGAGAUGCUGUACCGGGUCUGCGGGAAGAGACACUCCGGCGAUCCAGGGUUCGUCGGGAAAAGGGAAUCGGCGUUCGGGAUGGCGGAGAACGGCGUGAAAACCUCCGGCGGCGGAGGAGGAGGGUUCUACGCGGGAGAGUACGAGGAGGUAUACGUGUUGGGUCAGUGCGAGGGUAGUUUGGGAAAUUCAGAAUGCGGGGAGUGUGUGAAAAGUGGGUUCGAGAAGGCGAAGAGUGAAUGCGGAGAUUCGAUUUCUGGGCAGAUUUAUCUUCACAGGUGCUUCAUCAGCUACAGCUAUUACCCUCACGGCGUCCCAAACAUUUCUUCCUUUUCAGACGGUGGGAAGAAAGGGCAUCAACACACGCAGAGAACGGUGGCUUUGGCGGUAGGAGGAGUUGCGGUUUUAGGGUUUGUAAUCGUUUGUUUGAUGUUUGUAAGAUCUGUUUUCAGAAGGAAGAGCAAACGUGAUGGUUAUUGACUCA